AUGAGUCAGUUACUUAACUGGUGUAAAGGAGAGGGUAUUAACCCCUCACAUGCUGUUUUGCUUAAGGGUGUCCCUGAAGACACAGAAGUUAGUGUCAUAGAGGGCACCGUGCAGACCAUUAAAGCUCUUGGACGUGUUAGAGUCAGAGGAAGAACAUAUGAUCCUGUGUCUCAAAGUUUAACAGUUCUUUGUGAGUGCAGGGAAGCCGCAAAGACUGAAGCCAUUCCUGCUGAUGUUAUGCCUGAAGGCAGUGAUUCCCCUUGGCGAAUCAUUAGUCCAGUUGAAGUUGAAAAAGAGAGCCUUCAGCACGGAGAAGCUCCUUCACAAACACCAGACCCAGACACGAGCCAAAAUUCGUUUUUCCAAUCAUCCAGUCCAGAGGCCAUAAUUAGAGCAGUAGGUGACAUCUUACAGCUCACCUCUAAACCAACUAGUGACAGUAGCAGUUACAGACGACUCCGAACAUUUUCGGGGGUGCUUCCCACACCGCUGGGAGAGGAACCUUUGGAUAACUGGCUAGAGCAAGCAAGACUAAUGAUUGAAGAGUCAGACAAACCCGACAAAGAAAAGAAAAUGAGAAUAAUGGAGAGUGUAAAAGGUCCUGCCAUGGAGAUUCUUCAGGCGGUGAGAUUUAAUAAUCCAGACACAACUCCCACAGAAUACCUAGAUGUUAUUGAAAACACGUUUGGCACAACAGAGACGGGAGAAGAGCUAUACUUCGCUUUCAGAAUGAUGUGCCAGCAUCCAACUGAGAAGCUAUCAGAGUUUCUGAGAAGAAUGGAAAGAAUAUUAAAUAAAGUAGUUCAAAAAGGGGGUUUACCACUUGCCUCCAAAGACAAGGCACGCAUUGACCAACUCAUUAAAGGUUUCAUCAGAUCUGACAUGAUGAUUUUAAGCUUGAGACUAAGAGAGAGAAAAAUUGCCCCGCCAACAUUCCUGCAGCUCUUGAAUGAGAUACGAGUGGAGGAGGAGCAUGAGGCCUCCAGACGUAGGCUGAAUCCCCCUAAAUCUGUGCACGUCAAACGUACUGCUGCAGCUACAGAGAUUGAGGCAACAGAUCUUGGGGUGGAGGUUGAACGGCUGAGAUCACAAGUGAUUGAGCUCCAAGCUUUAGCCCAGUCCCAGCGUGCUUCUCCUUCUGCACCUCCACCUGCAAUUCAAGCAGAGACAGUUAACUCUGAAGAGGACGGGAGCCUACAAGCUUUUAAAAGAGAGGUUGUAAAACUUAGAAAACAAGUCUCAGCAAUGUCAGUCAAGUCUACUGCAGCACCCCAAGAGCUUUUACCUCUCAAAGAUACCUCUCCAACUCCUGGGGCGCCGAGGGCAUCCAUGCCCCGAGACCCCAAAGACAUUUUUUGCUACCGUUGUGGGGAGGAGAGAUAG